GCUGAUGAAACUGCGGAAUGAUUCACUGUGUUUAUUCAAUUCAAUUCUAAACUAUGUCACAGUUCAACAUCAAAUGAGCACUAAUGGACAGGAUGCUGUGCUUUCGCAGAGCGAUAAGUGCAGGGGCACACUCAGUGGCAAAAACCUCCCGCAACCCUGCAGCCCUCACCUUCCGCUACAGCACCGUUGCCAAGCCUCAGGAGAAACAAAAAAAGACUAAAUUUGGUCCCUUGAGUGACGAAGACAGGAUAUUCACCAACUUGUAUGGACGUCAUGACUGGAGACUAAAGGGGGCGCUGAGCCGGGGCGACUGGUACAAGACCAAGGAGAUCCUGCUGAAGGGGCACGACUGGAUCCUGAAUGAGGUGAAGGUGUCGGGGCUGAGGGGCCGCGGGGGUGCAGGCUUCCCCACCGGCAUGAAGUGGAGCUUCAUGAACAAACCCAGCGACGGCAGGCCAAAGUACCUGGUGGUGAAUGCGGACGAGGGGGAGCCAGGCACCUGUAAGGACCGUGAGAUCAUGCGCCACGACCCCCAUAAGCUGGUGGAGGGCUGCCUGGUGGCGGGCAAAGCCAUGGGCGCACGUGCCGCCUACAUCUACAUCCGCGGCGAGUUCUACAAUGAGUCCUCCAACCUACAGGUGGCGAUACAGGAGUCCUACAAGGCCGGCCUGAUCGGAAAGAACGCCUGUGGCUCAGGGUACGACUUUGACGUGUUUGUGAUGCGGGGGGCCGGAGCGUACAUCUGUGGGGAGGAGACGGCUCUCAUCGAGUCCCUGGAGGGCAAGCAGGGGAAGCCGCGUCUCAAGCCGCCAUUCCCCGCAGACAUAGGGGUGUUUGGAUGCCCAACGACGGUCGCCAAUGUGGAAACGGUUGCCGUGGCACCUGCCAUCUGUCGCCGAGGCGGCACAUGGUUUGCUAGCAUGGGGAGAGAGAGGAACUCUGGGACCAAACUCUUCAAUAUCUCAGGUCAUGUGAACACACCAUGCACUGUAGAGGAGGAGAUGUCCAUCUCCCUCAGAGAACUCAUCGAGAAGCAUGCAGGUGGCGUGCGAGGCGGAUGGGACAACCUGCUGGGUGUGAUCCCAGGAGGCUCCUCGACUCCCAUAAUCCCUCGCUCUGUGUGUGACGACGUCCUGAUGGACUUUGAUGACCUCGUGCGUGCGGAGACUGCUCUGGGGACUGCUGCUGUCAUCGUCAUGGACAAAUCUACUGAUGUCAUCAGGGCCAUUGCCCGAUUGAUUGAGUUCUACAAGCAUGAAAGCUGUGGUCAGUGCACCCCCUGCAGGGAAGGUGUGGACUGGAUGAACGUGAUGAUGUGGCGCUUUGUGAAAGGUGACGCUCGCAACUCCGAGAUCGACAUGAUCUACGAGCUCAGCAAGCAGAUCGAGGGCCACACCAUCUGCGCCCUUGGAGACGGGGCUGCCUGGCCCGUGCAGGGGCUGGUUAGACACUUCAGGCAUGUCAUGGAAGACCGCAUCUCCAAGUUCAAGCAGACCAACCCAUCAGAGGCCGAGAAGAGAAGAGAGAUCGUCUGAUGUUACUGUUUCAGUAAUCUCACUUUCCACUCAGUAUUCCCACAUUUACAUGUUUCCGCGCAAAUAUUACACUACUCAUUUACACUAUUUCUGCAUACCAUUCCAUGCUCAGCCUGUUAUUUUUUUGAAAACUAGAACUGUGACAAAUAAAACACUGUGAAGCUGACAA